AUGAUAGCUGGAUUUUCACCUCGUCUUUCGGUCUCAACUGGAGGCCUCUCAACCAGCAUCAGUAACCUUCAAACGGUCUCAGUCGAGGCAAACGAUGCUGAUAAUGGUGGCUACUUAUACGCUCAUCCCAACUUCCCUCUUGCUUUCUCAGCUACUCCUAGCCUACUCCUAACUACCGGGGAGGCAGACCAAUGCUCUCCACCUUUCACCACUGUUGCUCCAGCUCGUAGUUUCCUUCGCCGCACAGUUGAUAAACCUAUCUCAAUACACAGAUCCAUCUAUAGUCUUUCUACAGUUCCAUGCUCUGCGAUCGCAGUUUGUACCAGUACUGGUACUACUUCAGAAACUGUCACUAACUGUGGCAUUCUCACCGCAUCAACCACAUCUGCCUCUGCCGUGGUCAGUAUUAAUUCUGCUGCUAUUGGCUCUGGACCCUCGCGUCUAUCCACACGCAUUCCCGAAACGACAACUGACUUCUUUCCGUCUCAUUUCUGUGAUGACUCCUCCCAUAAAACUCACCCAAGUGGAAACCUGCCAUCAGCAUCACCGCCUCCUCCUCCUGCACGCCGUUGUUUGAUGGCUGGUGGCCGGCUGCCUGGCUGGACACCGGAAGCCGUGGUGGCCUGCUGGCGCCGGUUUCUUGGCCUCUUGGGUGAUGUCAACACUAUUCGACCAGAUGGACGAUUGGCCGAAGUUCAUAGCUACCUGGCCGAGCUUACUGACAAUCUUCUUAAGGUUCAUCAGUUUCAAGCUCUGGGUUCACCUAGUGAAUCGAACAAAGUUAAUAACAAUGUUGGUCCUUUUUCUGAAGCCCAUUCUUUGGAAGACAACAGGAACUACGGCGAGUACAAAGAAGUUGUGCGAGUGGCGGGUCAUCGUCCCUCUCCUCGGAGGUCUCCCUCUUUCUUGCCCCCAAUCGACUACAUUUUACCUAUCCUGUUCUCGGUAACUAGUAGUCAAAUGACCUAUUUGUUCUUUAUUCUUUUUUUGGCCCAUUAA